AUGGGUAUUUGUUUAGACACAGAUGCCAGCGCGGCACAAGAUACCGGCGAACCAGGCAACGAUUGGAAUCGUACACGGAAUGGCCAAAAUGGGCCAAACGGUACGACGGCGGCUGUCGAUGGAAACGGACGCAUGGGCUCUGGAAAUAUAGCCGCUAUCGAUAUACAAAAUGCUGGAAAAAUCAAAUUCGAUCCACCCAAAGUGCCAGUGAUAUUUGUUUUAGGGGGACCAGGUAGUGGCAAGGUAACCCAUUGCGACACCUUCAUGCAGGAGCGACGCGGCAUAACGCACAUCAAUAUGAUGGAUCUGCUCCAGCAAUAUGCAAUGGGAAAUGAUAUGCAAGACUUUUCGCAAUUAUCAUCGAAAACGGUGACCGAGGUGUUGAUGUUGGAAAUGAAAAUGGCUCCAGCUGCCAAAGCAUACCUUAUAUCGGGAUAUCCACGUUCCAUGCGCGACGUCGUCGAGUAUUCAGAGAAGAUACAAGUUGUUAACGGCGUAAUUCUCAUAUCCUGGCGACAAUCGGUUCUGCAGAAGCAAAUCGAUUAUGGUGCCAAAUUAGGGCAUGUUGUACUCUCCUUAGCCAAAAUGGAAUUGGAAAAUUUCUUUAAAAAUGUGAUGCCAGUCGCUGAUUACUUCGAUCAGAGCGAUAUGCUAUUGGCCGUUAAUGGUGAACGCGCACCCACAGAGGUGUACAAAGAUUUUCGCACCGCCGUUCUCGAUAUACUAAGCACGCUCGAGAACCAAGAGGCCAUGCUAAAUGGAGUUACAGGUAUGGGAAUGCAUGGUAUACCCGGCACUAUUGUUAGCGUAGACACCGCCUCCAGUCAUGCUCAAGCUCAAGCCCAAGCGCAUCAACAUCAAAUUGCAGAAGCGAUUCCGGCGCGACCAGCAACCACCACCACCACAACGGCGAUUGCAGGGGAUCGAAAUGUCCCCAAUGCUGUGAUAGCCCAUAUAGCAUCCAAUGCAGCGGCAGCCGUCCAAUCCGCCGGCGGCAUGGUCAGCAGAAGUGUGGCGGCCAGCGCCGACGACGACAGCGGAGUGGUGAUCACACAACAGCCAACACUUAGCCACGCAGGGACCAGCAUGGAUGCGGACGCCGAAAGAACUGUGCCACCCAUUAUCUGGGUGAUCGGUGGCCCCGGCAGCAACAAGGUGACACUGUGCCUCAAGGCUGUUGGCCUGAAUCCGGGCUGGGCACACAUAAGCGUUGGUCGUCUGCUCCGAAACAUAACCGAUUCGGCUCCUCGUGCCAAUACCGAAAGCUAUGCGGUGAAGGAAGCUCUGGCCGCUGGUGAAAUGGCUCCCGAGAAGUCCGUGAAUCAGCUGCUGGAAAGCAACUUGAAGCAGUUGAAGGACAAGACGGGCAUCAUCAUAGAUGGCUAUCCGAGGAAUUUGCAACAAGUUAAAUAUUUUGAGAACAAGUACACACAACGUCCACCGAUUAUUUUGCUGGACUGUUCUAAGCUACAGCUGGGUCGAGGACGCAUUGACGAUACGGUGUCCUCGUUUCGACGGCGGCUGGAGCUGUUUCGCGAACAAACGCUUCCGAUGCUCAAGCAGCUGGAUGGAAGCAAUCGUCUGCAAAUUGUGGAUGGAGAUACGGACAGUCCGUCGGUGCAGCGGGAAUUCGAGCGUCUCAUACGGAAUCACAUACAGGCGCUAUUGCAAAAGUCGGAUGGCACGGAUGUUUCGGCGCCGAUGGGCAACAAUGUGUUAAGGAAUGAGCAGACAGACGCCAUUUUGCAUGAUCUGGAGACGAAUGUGCCGGGCGCUGUGCCAACAAUUAGUCAUCAUGUGAGCAUGAUGAAUGGCCACCUCAAGAAUCGGGGCAGUGGAAAACAUGCCACCAACAUGAUGAACGGAAAUAUCCGCACACGUCCGGAAACUGGACCCGUAGGAACGCCUGCUCAACCGCGGGAUUUCAGGCAUAUCCUCGAGGAAGCGGAACGCUAUCCAGUCGAUUCGUAUAUGUAGACUUUAGAUAUAUAAAGUGUACUUGGUUUAUGCUCAACACACAAAUCAAGCUCUACACGUAUUUAGUAAUUAAUUAUUUUUGUAGAAACACGAAACUUUAAUCGGAUUUGUUAAAAUUUUGAUAUAAGCUUGAAAAGAGUAUGCUGCGCAUGUGAUUGAGAUUGGAGAAAAGUUUUAUAGUUUUAUAUACUUAUUAAAAA